AUGGGGAGCCCGGCGGCGGCGGCGGGCUGCGGCGCGGCUCCCGCCAAGCGGGCGCGGCGUGAGGGCUCCCCUGAGGGGCCCCGCGGCCCCACGGCAGAGAGCGACCGCUGCGACCCGCGGCUGUGGGACACGGAGCGGCUCUGCCAGCACCUCUCGCGUUGCGGCGUGGGCGAGCCCAGCCUCCUGCGCCGCUUCCGAGAGAGCGGAGUCACCGGGAGCAUGCUGCUGGACCUGCCGGCCUGCGCCCUCGAGGUCACCCGCGUCUGCCUUCCAGCUGAGAGACUGAAAGUGCUGGCCUGCCUGAACAAACUGAGACAGCAGCACGUGGACGUGAUGAAGGUUUUUAACGAUCCAAUUCAUGGGCACAUUGAAAUACAUCCGCUUCUUGUUCGUAUCAUCGACACGCCUCAGUUUCAGCGCCUCCGAUACAUUAAGCAGCUGGGUGGCACUUACUUUGUUUUUCCAGGAGCCUCUCACAACCGCUUUGAACACUCCAUAGGAGUGGGCUACCUAGCAGGAUGUCUGGUUCGUGCACUGAAGGAGAGACAACCAGAACUGGAUAUAACCCAGCGAGAUAUCCUCUGUGUAGAAAUUGCUGGGCUUUGUCAUGAUUUGGGUCACGGGCCAUUUUCACACAUGUUUGAUGGAAGAUUUAUUCCACUCACUCGUCCAGAUUCGAAGUGGAAGCAUGAAACUGCUUCUGUUGAAAUGUUUGAGCACCUGAUCACUUCCAAUAAACUAGAAGAAGUCAUGAAGUCGUAUGGUCUUGUCCUGGAAGAAGAUAUGAACUUCAUCAAGGAACAAAUAGGAGGGCCUAUAGAUGAAACCGCUUGUGAGAAAUCGUGGCCCUACCGUGGUCGACAAAAGGAGAAAAGUUUCCUAUAUGAGAUAGUAGCUAACAAAAAAAAUGGCAUUGACGUUGACAAAUGGGAUUAUUUUGCAAGGGAUUGCCAUCACCUAGGAAUCCAGAAUAAUUUUGAUUAUAAGCGAUUACUUAAAUUCACUCGGGUCUGUGAAGUAAAAAACCAGAAGCAUAUCUGUACCCGUGACAAGGAAGUUGGAAAUUUGUAUGAUAUGUUCCACACACGGAAUUGCCUGCACCGACGAGCAUACCAGCAUAAGAUUGGCAACAUCAUUGAAAUAAUGAUUACGGAAGCCUUUCAAAAAGCAGACAGGUUUUUUAAAAUAGAAGGCUCUGGAGGAAAACAGUACCAGAUUUCUACAGCAAUGGAGGACAUGGAAGCCUACACUAAGCUAACUGAUAAUAUCUACCUGGAAAUUCUGCACUCAAGUUGUCCAGAACUGAAGGAGGCACGAGAAAUUUUGCGUAAAAUAGAACGACGUGAAUUAUACAAGUUUUUAGGAGAGACUCAACCUGAAACAACGAGGGUAAUUGUAAAGGAUAGAUAUAAUAGCCUGGCAGAAAGCAUUGCUAAUUCCAAGCCAGAAAAGGAUCCUCCGGAUGUGGUGCUAAAGGCUGAAGAUUUCAUCGUUGAUGUUAUCAAUAUGGAUUAUGGAAUGAAAGAACAGAAUCCCAUUGAUAAUGUUCUCUUCUAUUGCAAGGCUGAUCCUUCCAAGGCAGUCAAGAUCAGUAAAGAACAGGUUUCAAAGCUUUUACCCAUGACGUUUGCAGAGCAGGUUAUCCGGGUUUAUUGCAAAAGUCAGGAUCCAGAUAUUGUUUCAGCUGCAAAACAGUAUUUUAUUCAGUGGUGUAUAGAGAAGGAUUUCACCAAACCACAGGAUAGUGAUGUGGUUGCCCCUCAUCUAACUCCAAUGAAGAAAAGCUGGAAUAACACGAGAGGUGAUGAACACAGGACAGCUUCAGAGCCUGCUUGCAAACAAAGGCUUCCUUUUGAUAAGUAACACUUUUCCUUUUGGCACUAUUCAGUCUGCUUCUUCAGAAGAUGAGUAAAGCUGAGCAGCAACUCUUUUAAAAGCCAGUUGGAUGAACUGUAAGAAUUUAUGGAACAAUGCAGAAAUGCAUUUUACAAUACAGUAUGUUUUAAUGUAGGUACUUAAACGAAGUGCAUAUUCCAAAUGGACUUUAAAAAAAUUAACAACUUAUUACAGCAGAGCAAACUCAAUUGUCAUUUAUUUUUGAAUGUAUUGGCACUGUGUAGCAAGAGUAACUUUCAAAAUUGCAAUUCAUCGUUAUUUCAAGAAGUGCUGAACGCACGUUGCUGUUCCUUCUAGUCCUGAUCCCUUCUUAAGAUGAUUGUGAUAUUGCAUGAGCUAGCAGAAAAACUUCCAGCUCAGGUGGGUUUUUUGGGUUGUUUGUUUUCCCCCUGCCCCCCCGUCCCCCCCAGUACCUGAGGAAGAGAGGAGUAAGUAUGCUUCUGAAAAUAUAGUGAGGUAAUAGAACUAUUUCAUUUUAAAAAAUGAGGAGGGAGGGGAAUCUUUUUAAUAACCAAAGAUUACUUUUCUGGUAUUCAAAAAGCCGAUGAAGAUGCAGGCCUCUUGCUAUAAGUGUGACCACAAUUUUUAUUGAAGUAACAAUGCAUUGCAGUGACAUGCAGCCUUUUAUUGUUUUAUAGUGUAUUUUUGAUACAUUGAAUGUUAUAUUUUUAUUGUUACACUGAACUGCAAAAACUGCUCAAAACGUCCAUUGUUUGCGUGCUCGCCGGAAAGCAGAGCUACCCGAGUGUCUGUCGAGGCGGGUGGACGUGCGCACAGCUCCUGGCACGGCUGGUGAGUCCCAGCAGGAUGCUGCACUGGCUCUGCUCUUCCUUGCACCAAGUGCACCUUGUUUCUGCAUUACACUGUACUAGGUAGACAGGCUCUUCAGGGAUUCUUCCAUUCUUGUAUCCCUUCCCUGUUUCUCCUGGAUCUCUGCUGUUCCUGUGUAAAUUUUUCUCUCCCUUGUAGAACUAUAAGGGUUCUUACAUUUUUCCCUUACUGGCAGUACUAAUGUGAGUGUUGCUAAAUGUCUGUCCAGUUGAAAAAGUGAACGAGGAAGACCUUUUUCCUCUCAUCUUUUACUCAGGUCUAAGAGGAAGGCUGCUUUCAUUAAAUAAAACCUAAAAGCUUGAAAAAGCCCGCCCUCAAAACUAAAAAUGCAAAGCAAAAGGUUCAGUAAUGCUCAGAAAUUGGAAUGAGCUUUGGAUUUUUAUAUCUGAAAUGGGGAAGGAAAAGUUCAGCAUUCUGUUUUGGCAGCCAGGCAUGGGGUAACUAGGUUAGUUUCUGAAAACUAACACAACGGGAAGUCACUGUGAGAGAACCGCAGAACUCUCUUCAUAUCUGUUACGUUUCCUUUGCCCUUUUAUCACGGGAACUGAUAGCUGUUGGGCAGAGGAAAGGAGAAUGGGUAUUCACGUACUUAACCAGAUUUGAUUUGUUGAAAUAACCAGAAGUCGUUUUGCGCUAUGCUGCUUUCUUAUGUACCUGUGCUCGUGUGUCUAAAGGUGAUGUGGUGCAACCUCUGCUGUUCACAUCCCUAACAGUAUUUCAGAUCUGCAGGUGUACCAGGUAACUCUUAGAAGGGGUCGUGACCUCUUCAGAAGCUUUUAAAGAACUUACUAUUAUGCUUCAAGAAACAACAUCAUAGAGUGAAGGCAUUUAUCGCCAUUAUCUGCGUAAAAUCAAGUAUUGUUCAGAAUAAUGUAAUUUUGUUAUUGUUGCUUGGGUUUGUUUUGAAUCUGUUAUACAAGGUGCACUUUAUACUUGGGAAGUAUCUUUUGCUUACGUUUAAGCAAAAAUUCGUACUUAAUGUUAAAUUCUGAGAGAAAGCAUUUCUUUUUCUCAAACAUGUUAAUCUGAGCCUCUCUGGACUAAGAAUAAAUUUAUAAACAAUGA